CACACAAAUGGUUGGGAAAAGAAGAAAGAAAAACAAAAACAAACAAAGAACUCACUUGCAAUUGCAUGUCAGAUUUUCAUGGUGUGCAAAUUUUCAUCCCUUGAAAGUGGUCUUGCAUCAAUGCCAUCCACUUUUUCAAUUGCACAUGGCUGCCACCUCAGCUUGCAAUUCCCUCCAUUUGCACCAUUGGAGACGCUCUAAAAAGGUCUAAAGCCAAGUUGGCAUGGAGGUUGCCAGGUGGGCAUCCCAAGUGUUUGUUUAAAACACAGGUGUCGGCGUGUGGCUCUGCCUUGCAACUUCUCAUGACACCUUUGCAUCGUAACUUAAGUGUCAAGCGACACCUGUGCCUGCCUAACUUCACCUUCAACGUAACCUUCCCCCCCUCUCUAUUUCUAUCCUUCUAAAUCAGUCCAGCAGCAAAGCCAGGAACUAACAUCAAGAAGGCUUACUAGAAUUGAAAAAGCUAGCGAACACUUUGAACACCACCACAGGAAAACCAGAAAAAAAAAGGGAGAAAUGACGGAUACCGUAGGAGUCACCGGUGGUUGCAAUGCCAUCUGUGGCUGCCCUGUGCCCUGUCCUGGCGGGAAUGCUUGCCGGUGCAGAACAGCCGAUACGACGAAGACAGCAGGAGACGGACACAACAAGUGCUCGUGCGGUGAGCAUUGCGGCUGCAACCCAUGCACCUGCCAGAAGGCUGGUGUGAGCACUGGGGUUGGCAAAGCUCACUGCAAGUGCGGUGCUGGCUGCAGCUGUCCAACCUGUACUGCUUAAGAUAAAGCAAAAAGUGGUGUGCCGAGUGGGGCGAAAGGAAGCUGUUCAAAUUCUGAUUAAGAUCUUCCUUUCUAUCCUUCUAUUAGGGCAUAGAAAGAACUACUCUAUUCUACUGUCGCGUGAGGAUCCAUACUGCUGUUUCUAGACUUCUAUAGUCUUACCUUCAAUAAAACAGAAAAUCCUGU